AUGACAUGGAAUCCCAUGCAUGUACCGUUGAAGAAGACACACAACGCUGAACUCCACCACAGCAAUAACAAGGAUUUGAACACAGAGGACUGGGAAAUACAGGUGACUCUAGAAAUGAAGCGUAAACUUGCUGGGCCAUGGCAAACGAGCAUCAUCCUCAAACUCAUGGGAAGACCUCUCAGAUAUCGGGCACUCCAAACCAGGUUAGCGAGUAUUUGGCGACCCUCAGGUAUGACUCAUUUCAUUGAUAUUGGAUAUGGCUUUUUUAUUAUGCGUUUUGAAGAGACAAAGGACUACCACCAUGCGCUCAUGGAUGGACCAUGGUUUGUGGGCGACCAAUACCUACACGUGCAGGCAUGGGAAGCAAAUUUCCACCCGCACAUAGCCAAAAUUUCAACUACGGCAAUUUGGAUCCGUUUGGAACAAUUGCCUAUAGAAUACUAUCAUACCGAGUUUCUCAAACAUGUGGACCAUAAACUAGGAAAACUUCUAAAGGUGGACGCCAUAACUAGUGCCGCCAUUCGAGGGAGAUAUGCUCGGCUAUGUGUCCAAAUAAACAUGACUAAACCGCUACCGAAACGAGUUAAAAUUGUCUCCUUUUGGCAAGACAUUGUCUACGAAAACCUUCCCCUGCUUUGCUACCCGUGUGGACGAAUUGGCCACCGCAAAGCUCACUGCUUCGAGGGCCUCACUGAAACUCCAACCAUGACCCCUCUUCGAAGGCCACCUUCCGAGACUUCGCCAUGUGGUAUGCAGCACCAACGUGAUGCACAUACCCCAGUAAAACCACGUGUCCCACCCACUUCACCUCAGGUCCAUGUGCUGCGCAAUCCGUAUGUUGGUUCAGCGAAGGGACAGCCACUUGAGGGGUUGACACAGCCAGUUGGAUUUCACUGA